CCUAGACACUUCAGAAAAGGCACGAGAAGACAGUUGUAUUUUGAAUCAAGUGUUAUAAUUUUUGUUAUGGAAUAGUGUUUUGAAGCAAAAAGUUUCGAAUUUAAAAAGGUUACCUGACGCUGGUUGUAGUGGGUGAAGUUUUAAAACGUUACUCUCUGAAGCUUUCUAUCAGUUACACUACUAUAUAAGAGGAUCAGUCUUUCGCAAAAAUGUCUGAUAGUGAAAAAAUGGAUGUAUGCCACGAUGGAACUGAGAGCGAGGAUGAAAGUGUUGCAGAAAAUGAAAACGAGUCGCCAGUCAAGAAAGAUGUGUACCUACCCGGAAAGCCUCUUGAAGAAGGUGAAGAAUUAGUUUGCGAUCAAUCAGCUUAUGUUAUGUUGCAUCAAGCAAGAACGGGAGCCCCAUGCUUAAGUUUUGAUGUAAUUGAGGAUAAUCUUGGAGUCAACCGCGAGAAUUUUCCACUGACCUGUUAUAUUGUUGCUGGUACUCAAGGACAUCAAAACCAUGUGAAUAAUGUCGUUGUUAUGAAAUUGCAUAAUUUACACAAAACUAUUGAAGAAGAAGAUGAGGAAGAUGAUGAAUUAUCAGAUAAUGAAGAUGAAAUUCAAGAACCAAAAUUUGCUGCUGCUUCUAUCAAACACCAAGGUGGUGUUAAUAGAAUCAGGAGCUAUAAAUACAAUAAUAUUACCCUGGCUGCAAGUUGGAGUGAACUUGGGAGGGUAAAUAUUUGGGAUCUUACAGAACAGUUACAAGCUGUGGAUGAUGGUGAAUUACUCAAAGUGUAUAAUAACCAGAAUAAAUCUCAUUCUACAAAACCACUAUUCACAUUUAGUGGCCACCAGAAAGAAGGAUUCUCCAUGGAUUGGUCUCCUACUAUGCCAGGGGUUCUAGCAACUGGAGAUUGUAGAAGGGAUAUACAUAUUUGGACACCUUCUGAAAGUAACAGCUGGUCAGUAGAUCAGAGGCCAUUAAUUGGUCAUACAGAUUCUGUUGAAGAUUUACAAUGGUCUCCAGAAGAGAGACAUGUGUUAGCAUCUUGUUCAGUAGAUAGAACUAUAAGAAUUUGGGAUACAAGAUCAUCGCCAAAUGAAGCAUGCAAGUUGAUAGUUAAAGAGGCACACAAAAAUGAUGUAAAUGUUAUAAAUUGGAAUAAGGGCGAACCUUUCAUUCUCAGUGGUGGGGAUGACGGUUUUCUGCACAUAUGGGAUUUGAGAAGUAUUCGCAGUGAAAAGCCAUUGGCAAGCUUCAAACAUCAUUUGGGCCCAAUUACAACUGUUGAAUGGAGUCCUGUAGAUCCUGCAGUCUUUGCUUCAGGAGGAGAAGAUAACCAAAUAGCUUUAUGGGAUUUAUCUGUGGAAAAAGAAGAUGAACCCUCAAGUGAAGAUAUUGAAGACUUACCACCACAACUGAUGUUUAUUCAUCAAGGACAAACAAACAUCAAAGAAUUACAUUGGCAUCCGCAACUGACAAAUGUUAUCAUAAGUACAGCUGAAAGUGGUUUUAAUAUAUUCAGAACUAUCAGUUUUUAAAGCUUCUGUGAAAAAGUGUAAUGAAUAAAUAAAUAAGGAACUGUUAUAA